UCUUUAUUGCAGAAUGGAACAACAUGUCGGGUCACGACAGGGUAAAGAGACAGCUCUCCGUCUCCUCCGAUAGUAAGCUCCUCGACGACGAUAUUAGGGAAGAGACGCGGGUUAUCCUCAGACCGAAGAAGCCGCCGAGACCCAAAUCAGAGGUGCUCCUCAACCAGCAGGGUUCAGACCACCGUCGAACGAAACGGUUCUCAGCCUUUGGUGGCGAUUCACCUUUCGGCAAAUCAGAGGCUUAUAUUAAAUUAGAACAAUUAGGGGAAGGUUCUUACGCCACUGUUUAUAAGGGAUAUAGCAAUUUAGAACAUAAAGUAGUAGCUCUUAAAGAAAUUAGACUACAGGAAGAAGAAGGCGCUCCAUUCACUGCGAUCCGCGAGGCAUCGCUUCUCAAAGAACUGAAACACGCCAACAUUGUCACACUGCAUGACAUUGUCCACACAAGGGAGACGUUAACGUUUGUCUUCGAAUACGUUCAUACAGACUUAUCACAGUACCUGGAGAGAAACAGCGGAGGUUUGGAUCCGCGCAACGUACGUUUGUUCCUUUUCCAAUUGCUGAGAGGGCUCUCAUACUGCCAUAAGAGAAGGGUGUUGCACAGAGACGUGAAGCCGCAGAAUCUUCUGAUCAGCGAAAUUGGUGAACUGAAAUUGGCCGACUUUGGGUUGGCCCGCGCCAAAUCCGUUCCGAGCCACACGUACUCCCACGAGGUGGUCACGCUCUGGUACAGACCACCGGACGUGCUCCUCGGAAGCACCGAGUACUCGACAUCCUUGGACAUGUGGGGCGUCGGAUGCAUCUUCGUGGAGAUGAUCACCGGGAUGGCGAUCUUCCCCGGAGUCCGGGACACCUACGACCAGCUAGAUAAAAUUUUCAAGGUGUUGGGUACACCCACGGAGGAGGUUUGGGAGGGCGUGACUCGGCUGCCCGGCUACAAGCCCCACAAAUUGGGUCUGUACCAGCCCAAGAAAUUGGGAUUGUACUGGCCGCGUUUACACGACGUCGUCCAAGGGGAGAAUAUGGCCACGUCGCUGCUCCAGCUCAACCCACAGGACAGAAUAGGAGCGGACGAUGCCAUGAUCCAUCCCUACUUCAACGGACUCCCCAAGAAACUGCUAGAACUGCCUGAUGAUGUAUCGAUAUUCAGUGUCGAAGGCGUGAUCUUAACGCCCGGUCAUUACUCGGGUAUUAAAUGAGGCCUAAGCGUCGACUCCCUCUCAGGAACAUGCUACAGUAAGCAAUGACCACACACACAGUUGGCUGUCCUUUCCACAUGCUUCGCACUACGACUCAUAAAAACAACAUCAACAAUAACAGCAACACUUCAUAUCAAAUUCCCCAAAAAACAACAAGAACAACAACAACAAAAACUGUAGGAAUGUUUCGAGAGUUUCCAGCACGGACGUAACUGUUUUUUUUUUCCUCUUUACAUUUAUUGUUUCUACUUUUUAUUAAUUAUUAUUAUCACAUAAUGGAAAUGUUUCUGUUUUUCUUCCCUUUAUCGAUGGAUUUUUAUAUAUAUCGAAAUCGAGAUUUGGAAAAUAACAAGAAAGUGUCUCAUUUUGUUUUUCUUCGCUCAUGGACAGGAAUCGUUUGUUUUUUAUUUUUAAAUUGUUUACUAUUAUUAUGAUUUUUCCUUCAAUUUUUGUCGUCUUUCCGAGUGCUGCACGUCUAUUUUGGCAUCUUCGUCCUAUUAUUGAACAAUAGUGUUUAUUGUUUUUUUUUAGUGAGAACUUAAACGACUUUCGACGAAAUGAAAACGAGAGGGAAAAAAAAAA